UGUCAUUUCAAUUUAAACUUCCCUUUGUCUUUUAAUUAAACUCAUUUGGAUAAUUAAUCAAAAUCAUCUUAUUGUUUAUCCUUUUAACCUUUUAAAUACUUUACAACCAUUUAAGAAUCAUGCUUAUGUUGACUGUUUUAACCCUUUAAUCUAAUCCCUUUUUUUUUACUUUGUAUUAUCAUCGUGAUGUGAUAAUAGUGUUUUGUUUUUUUCUUUCUUGUUUUGUUUUUAUUUUAACUCUUUUUUUCUCAUCUUCAUCUCGACUUAAUUCUUCAUCUCUUGUCAUCCAGACAAUCCUAAGAAUUAUAUUAAUUUAAAUUGAUGAUAUAACGGGAGUUUAAACAAGAAUUGCAACUCUUAAACUGUAAACAUGUCAAGUCGUCAUAGACAAUUCACCAGUCUACGUAGUUAUUUUCCAUUGAAAACUGUUGGAAAUGUCGUCGAUUUGGUUAAACGAUGUAUUGAAUCAAAUCAAACUGAUUUAACUUUUCUCUCUAUUCUUAUGGGAUACCUUGAGCACACAUUAACUUGUGCACAACCUCGUAUAUCUACAACUUCGUCUACCUAUACAACUAAUUACAAUGGUCAUUGUUCAUCUCAUGGAAAUCGUAGUGGAAGUGGUGAUGCAUCUUCAUGUGAUACAAAUGGAAAAGACAGAUCAGCAUCACCUUUACUUUCCGAUGAUUCACCUUCUCAGGCUAAAGAUCAUUUUGAAAUACCUUGGGUCAAAUGGGAACAUAUUGAACCUUUGUACAAAAAAUUUGUCACCCAAAUCAAAGGUGCAGUCGAUCAUCAUCCAAAGAAAACUACUCGUGACGUUAUUAAGAAAGUGGUUGAUUCCAUUUGGUCCGAUUUAUCUCGAGGUUAUUAUACAAAUAAACCUCAUCUACAAACACUUUAUUCUUAUAUCACCGAAGAUAAACUCGAUCGCUUCGGUGUAUCUUAUGCAGUCGCUGCUGCAUGUCAAGUAUUAGAGCUUAAUGAUGCCCGUUUGGCCUUGAGUGAAGAUCACGCUUGGGUUAUUUUCGGCGAACCUGGAAACGAACAGACUGCAGAGAUAUCAUGGAGAGGAAAAGGGAGUGAGGACAGAAGAGGACAACCCGUUGUUACUGCGAAUUGCUGGUUGUACUUGAACGGUUAUCCGGUUGUAUGUUCCCCGCCUAUGGUUUAUGCUGCACUGGUUUCAUGCAUGAACCUUCUAUUCCCAUCAGCUGAAUCUUGUCAAUUAGCAGCUAUUCAACAGAAAGUUUUAUGGUAUCUCUAUGAUAAGGGCUAUUUAUCCAAGUAUCCAAUGGGUAUUGAUAGUCUCGGUGAUCUUGAGGAAGUUGGUGCGACAACUGAAGCAAUUAGAGACGCUGGUAGAUUGUUUCAAGAAGCAAUCGAAGUGAACAAAAAAUUUUAUGAGAAUCAUCAUGUUUAUCCCUAUUGUUUUAUGGCAGGAUAUUAUUUUCGUAAUGGAAGAUUUAAAGAAGCUCUUCAAUCCUGGGCUGACGCUGCAUCGGUUAUUCGUCGUUACAAUUAUACUCGUGAUGAUGAAGAAAUUUACAAAGAAUUUCUUGAAAUAGCGAAUGAUCUAAUUCCUCACAUGGUUAAAGUUGUUUCUGCGGGUGGAUGUGAACCUAGUAGGGUUUCAGAAAUUCCACUUCUUCAAGAUCCUGAAUGUUUUGCAUCACUUUUGGCCUUUUACGAUGGACUUUGUGGUUGGGAAGAGGAAUCACCAACCCCCGUUUUACAUAUUGGUUGGGCUAAACCGUUCGUUGCCACAAUAUCUAAGUUCACAUCUCAUGUUCGUAAUAAGGCACAGAUAAGAAUUAAAGAUAAUGAUGGUCACCAUCGUCUUCACAUUAAAAGUAAUCAUGGUUAUCAUGGCUACCAAAUGAAUGAAGAAAGCCAAUCAAAUUACUCUGAUCAAAAUACUUUGGAUGGUAGUAGAAAAGGAAACAGUCCCAAAACUUCAGGUAAAAAUAAUAAAGAGAAAGAGCCAUCCAAAUCUCCAUCAUCACCGAUAAGAACUCCUGAUGAAAUUAUCAAGUCUAUCGAAGAUGGUCUUAAGGAAGAUGGAGAAAGGAUCGAACAUGACCUUAAAUCAGGUACAUACGACAAAGACGAGCUUGACCCUCGAAUAGUCGGAAUGGCCUCUACCUGUUCAGACUCAACACUUAUCGAAAAUGCUUUAAAUAUUUCUUGUCAACCAAGUUUAGAUCGGACAAAUGUUGCUCACUCGUCAAGUGAUCAAUCAAUCGGAUCAUCUGAAAAUGGUAGGAAAUCAACAUCAAUUGAACAUUCCAAGAGUGGAACUACGAUCGAUAGUCCUGACGAUUCAGAUCCUAAACGUGAUGAUCAACGACAAGAGACAAAUAGUGAAGCUGUUGUUUACCUCCAAAGUCAGAAGAUGAUUGGAUUGAAAGAUUUAUUAUUAGCUGAUAAGUUGAACACUUCAGCUAUUCAAUUACAGCUAACAGCCCAAUCUCAAGUUCAUAUUUCCAAGCGACCCAGACUAGGAUCAUUUGGUUCUGGUCAUCAACAGCAAGGUGAAUUUGACUUCCUUGCAACAACCACUAUUUCCACUUCCGUAUCAUCAGUUUCAGGAGUCAGAUCAAGCAAAAGAACUCGAAGAGAUUGAAAAUUGGGUGGAGAUGUUUCUGUUGAUUUAUUUUCGAUAUUUUCCCAUUGACCAUAAGGAUCGUAUUUAUAUCCUAGUGCACCAAUUAACGGAACAUUAUCUCGAUUAAUUCCCAUCUUUUGUUGUUCAUCAAUUGUCAAAUAUCCUGAGCUCGGCGGUUCCCAAAUGGUUUCUGAAAACAAUAAAUUCAUCAAGUUAUAUAUUUGAUAAGAGAGAAAGAAAAAGAAAAAGAAAACAGAAACAACAAGAGACCGAAAGAGAGACUCAGAGAGAGAGAGAGAGAGAGCAAUCAAUUAACUAUUAACAACUAAUUAUUGAUUAUUAAUUAUUAAUAUUAAUACUUGUAUCUAAAUGUUGAGAGUUUAAACUUACCCAAAGU